CUAGGGUUUUUCAGGCUUGUUGAUAUAAAAAGGAUUCCUUAUCUUCUCGCAUUUUUUAGGUCUUCUUAGUGAGGGUUACCCUGUGUUCCAAAUCACUGAGCUUAAAUAAGCUUCUCAAAGAUGAAUCGGGAAAAGUUGAUGAAGAUGGCCGGUUCAGUUCGAACCGGUGGAAAGGGUACCGUCAGAAGAAAGAAGAAGGCUGUCCACAAGACAACCACCACAGAUGACAAAAGGCUUCAGAGUACCCUGAAGAGAAUAGGGGUGAAUGCUAUCCCUGCAAUUGAGGAGGUCAACAUCUUUAAGGAUGAUGUAGUUAUCCAGUUUCUAAACCCCAAAGUUCAAGCAUCCAUUGCUGCUAAUACUUGGGUUGUUAGUGGUUCUCCGCAAACAAAGAAGUUGCAAGAUAUACUCCCUAGCAUUAUCCACCAAUUAGGACCAGAUAACUUGGAAAACUUGAAGAAAUUAGCCGAGCAGUUCCAGAAGCAGGCUCCUGAAUCAGGUGCUGGUGCAACCUCAGCACAAGAGGAGAAUGAUGAUGACGUCCCAGAGCUUGUUCCAGGGGAGACUUUUGAGACAGCUGCUGAGGAGACCCAGGCUUCGUAGAGUGCUAUUGUGCCAUGUCAUAUAUCUCCUUCUCCUGUGUUUUCAAAUUUUUUCUUGAUUUUCAACUUUUAAGUAUUUCAGGUGUUCAGUUCUCCUGUCAUAUACUUUAAAACAGUUCGAAUACUCUUUUUAAUUGAAUCUGCUUUCCUUCA